AUGGCGUCUGAGGAGCAACAACAACCGAAGACGGCUCCUCGAACUAAAAAGGAGCCAGCAUGGCAUGCUCGCUUCAGGCAGCAGGAUUUCAAAGCAUGGAAUCCCAUAUUCUCGCCGCGGCUAGCUAUGCCCACUCUUCUCAUCGCCGGCAUCAUACUGCUACCCAUCGGUAUCGGCCUCCUCCUCUCGUCCUCUUCCAUAACAGAGACCAAAUUCGACUAUACCCAAUGUGCUCUCCAGGCAACGGCCACGCUAGCGGCUCCCCCUGCGGGGAUAGACUCCUCAAUAGUCCAAUGGAAGUAUGCAGAUAAUGUCUGCACAAUCCGCUUCAACGUAACUGCACCACUGUCACCACCAACCUCAUCAUCUGGCUCGAUCGGUGCAUCUCCAGUCUUUUUCUAUAUACGUAUAUCAGGAAUGUACCAAAACCAUCAUAAAAUGGUCACGUCGUUCGACUUGUCCCAACUCGGGGGAUCGUAUAUAUCCACAGCUUCGUCACUCUCGGCAAAUUGCGACAGUCUGCGAUACGCUGAAUGCAGUAAAAGUGAUUAUGCAGCCAACGGGCCCAACGGCACAUAUGAUAAAAACUGUAAUAUGGGAACCAUAACUGUUGGAGCCGGAGCACAAUACUAUCCAUGUGGACUAUUAGCAAACUCGUACUUUACAGAUGUCAUCUCAGACCCUAUAUGUAUAACGGACUUGUCUGGUAAUCCAUGCACAUUCUCACAAUAUACCUUCUCGACUUCGGGGCUUGCAUGGCCACAAGAUAAAGCAGUGUAUGGGAAAUCAGCAUGGUUGACGACCAAUGCUUCUAGUAUUGCCACUCAGCUUAUUCCACCACCGCAAUGGCAGAGAUCCAUUCCUGCCUAUGCUAAUGGAUAUAAUGCUACUAAUUUGCCAGACCUAAGUCAAAAUGAACGAUUUAUUGGGUGGAUGAUGCCAGCUGGCAUGCCCACUUUUAAAAAGCUGUGGGGCAGAAAUGAUACCGUGCAGUUAAAGACUGGUAUUUAUGAAGUCAAUAUCACUACCUACUUUGAUGUAGUUCGAUUCUCUGGUACAAAAUCUAUAGUAUAUUCGACCGCUAAUGUACUAGGAGGCAAGAACCCAUUCAUCGGAAUUGGCUACAUGUCCGCGGGCGGCGUUGCAGUCGGAUUAGCCUUCCUCUUUGUCUUCCUCUACUUUAUCUCCCCAAGGUAA